AACUCGAACGAAAUUAGAGUCAUCAUCACUUUCUUCUGAAACACCAUUAUACUAACGAUACCAAAAUAGUAUCAUAACCUAACCUUUCGAUAUAACGGCUCUAAUUCACCUGAAAGUAUUUGGUUCUACUCCCUGGAGGUACUCUACUAACUAAUCCUUUUGGCAUCUCCUUCUGUUUAAUAUAUACAAGGGUGACAUAAAUUUAGUUUUAAAUUUAGAUGCUACUAAAGAUAUUCGAAUUUGAGACUUCCAUAUCAAAGAUUAACCAUUUAAUCACUAAAGCGAACAAGAACCCUUGUUGGCGACAGUUCCUAACCAGAGUGCACAUCCACGUCCAUGCAACAAGCCAAAAUCAAAAAGCCCCCUGUGUAGUUCGAAAGGGAAAGCUCCAUUUAAGGCUCAACAUGUACAGCAGCUAGCUAGAAGACGUCACAACGAACAUACAGAAAACCAACCACAGCUUUCUAUCAAAUACCAACUUUCCAACCAAAGCAAAUUAGCCACCUUUCUGGGCUCUCUGCCUUUCCCUCUCCUUUGAAAAUGACCCUCCCAAAGGGCACACAAGCCUUCAUCUUCCUUCCAACCACUCUCUUCCUAUCUUCCAUUCCCUUUCUUUCCCUUUCUUUCCCUCUCUGAGAAAAAAAGGAAGAAAGAAAGAAAAGAGAUUCCUUACAUGUCCCACACCCUUUUCCCUCCAGCUUAUAUUCCCUCCCAAUCUCUCACUACCCUCCAUAAAUUACACCAUAGAUUCUCAUCUCAUCCCUCCCCUUCUCUUCCCUCUUCUUCUAUCUCACCCCAGAUGGCUCCAGAGUUGGAGAGGGCCAGAGUUACAGAGAUACAGGUCCGGAUGGACUGCAAUGGCUGCGUUCAGAAGAUCAAGAAGGCUCUUCAUGGCGUCAAUGGGAUUUACGAGCUCUACAUCGACGUCCCUCAGCAGAAGCUGACGAUCGUCGGCUGGGCUGAUCCUCAGAAGAUCGUUAAAGCGAUUAGGAAGACGAGGAAGACGGCCAUCAUAUGCUCCCAUUCAGAACCACCCUCUGAUCCACAGGAACAACCACUGGAUGGCGGCGAAUCAUCGCAGCCGCCGGACGAAUCAAACCAAUCAGACCCUCCUCCACCGGAAGCAGAAGGCCCGCCCCAACAAACUGAGCCACCGAAGGAACCAUCGCCACCACCGCAGCCACCAGAGAAUCAACAACCGGAAGAGAAACAAUCACCACCACCAGAGCCAGAGCCAAACUCAUCAAGCCAGCAGCCACCACAACCGGCGGGUGGGCAGAAAGACGUCGAAGAGGUUCACGUCAUUUACCACCACCCGCCGUCGGACUACCACCGCUACCCACCACCACCGCCGAACUACGGCUACAGGUACAAUGGCUACAGUGGUGGCGGAUCACCUUCUAGUUCUGGUUCUACUUCCGGUUAUCAUCACUGGGACAGAUACCCCGACGGUCCGGGUUAUCCACCCGUCGUCACCAGGCCACCACCUCCUCAUCAGCCUCAGCCUCCGCCUCCACCUCCACCUCCACCAGUGUACGUGGCUCACCACAACUACAGUACGUACAGGCCAGCACCGUACGUGACUGAGUACGAAUACGUACGAUCGACGCAACCGGCACCACCAUCGCCGCCGAGGCAGCAACCAAGGUAUAUGCCUCCACCGCAGCCGCAGCCAUCUAGGUACGCAGACUAUGGCCGGAUGGACUACUACAACGAGGAGUACCAUGACUAUAAUCAUCGCGGGAAUGGAAACGUAUCGUCUAUGUUCAGCGACGAGAACCCAAAUGCAUGCACAGUAAUGUAAACAACACGAUUAAACCGUCUACCGCCGGAAGGAAGUUCUUAGAUAUCUAGGAGAAAUAAAGAAAGAAUGGCACUAUGAAGAUGUGUACGUUAUUAUUUUUCUGGAAAAGAAUGAGAUUCCAUGCUUGCAAGUGAUGGGGAAAGAACCGAAUCGAUUCUGCGUUCCACUUCUGACUCCAUAGGGCAUAAAAUCCCUGGAAAUGG